CAUGUUCUAGAACCCUAUAAAUAAAACUUGGCGGUAGAGUCUGUAUGGAGACCAUGCUCAAGAUUGCAGAGUAAAUAACGGUCGUGCUUCAGAUGACAAUUAUGCCAAUACUGUACUCCGCUUAUCGACAAGACUACAUUGUGACCGGGAUGCUCGCGAUUUGCGGUCGUGCACGUGACAAGCCGUUGCCUCUGAAUUAAGUGUAGGCGAGGGAAACAAACCGUUCUUCUCGACCCAGAAUAGCCGCCGCACCUUGUGAGCCAACCCGAAAGCCACCCCGACAACUUGUCGUGGCCGUCGGAUAGGAUCGCGAUAACACCACCCCCCGCGGACCGCGCAGUGGAGCCAAGCGCGCCCGCCGAGGUCGGGAACACCACCGCGGGGCCGAACAUCCAUAAAGCACACAUCGAGUGGCACCAAGCGUUUCUGCACUUAUCAUCAAACAAUCCGGGGAAAAUCACGGUGCAUAUACAACAAUAACCGGCAAAAUGACCCGAUCACUACGCAUCGCUGUCCUGGAGUGUGAUACGCCCAUUGCGCCUGUCAAAGAGCGACUCGGUGGCUAUGGAGACAUCUUUACACGCUUGUUGAACAAGGGUCUAGAGGCCUCUGGGGACUCAAGGGUGGACAUUAAGGAGAUCAGCAAGUGGCAUGUCGUUGAUAACCCGGUCUAUCCUGAUCCAGAAGAGUACGAUGCUCUUCUUCUCUCCGGUAGCAAACAUGAUUCAUUCGCGGAUGAUGCUUGGAUCGUGAGCCUCAUGGAAUACGUUCGAAGCGUUAUUGAGCAGCACAAGAAGCCCGUUGUUGGCAUCUGCUUUGGCCACCAGAUUAUCGCGCGUGCCUUGGGCUCGCGCGUCGGUCGUGGCGAGGGUGGAUGGGAGAUUUCCGUUGAGGAGAUUACUUUAACCGAUGCUGGCAAGCAGAUCUUUGGCAAAGACAAGCUGUCCCUCCAACAAAUGCAUCGUGACGUGGUCCACGAAGUGCCAGCGGGAUGUCUCAAUCUCGGAUACAGUCCCCGAUGCGCGGUCCAGGGUCUCUAUAUGCCGAAGCGGUUGUGGAGCGUGCAAGCGCAUCCCGAGUUUAACGAAUUUAUCAUGUCGCAGUUGCUGGAAGCUCGGCAUGACAGCGGGGUGUUCAAUGACCAGCUAUACGAGGAUGGCUCCUCGAGAGCGGCGAAGCCUCAUGAUGGAGAAUUUUUAGCGACGGAGAUUAUUAAGUUUAUGGCAGAUGCUACAGAGGGUACAGCAUAGAAUUCGUUAAUUUAUUGCAAUAUGAUUAUCACGGUUU